CAGGAAGAGCAGGACGAGGUUGCCAGACAACGUUUAGAAGAGGAGCUGAAGAGAGAGCAAGAACUCCACAACCUCCAGAAGGCUCUUCAGGAAGAGCGCGAGGCCUUGCAGCGGCAAUGUCAGUGGACCCAGGGAAUGGCCCUCCGCGCGCUCAAUGAAUCCGCGCCCGGCAUCUUCAGGGUUGACAGUUUUCCUUACACUUACCGUGCAGAACAGAAAGAAGCGCAACAGAGAGCCCAACAAGAGCACCAAAUGCGAGCAAACGACUUAGAGGAGCAACAGGCACAGCUGGAAGCCCAGCGCAGAGACGUGGAACAUUGUCGUGAACGUGGUGAGGCCGAGCGUGAUGCCAAGCUCCAAGAACUACAGAAGCAUCAGGAGGAGCUGCACAGGCAUCGAGAAGAACUCGACCAACAGCAACGUGAAGAAGAGGCCCUUCGAAAGGCUCAGGCAGAAACGUUCCAACUCUUAGAGCAAGAACUCAAAGACCGUGCAGAGAACAUCAGCUUCUCCGAGCAGGCACUCGCGUCCGAGCGACAGCAGAUCUUGCGCUCCCGCGGGCAACUUGCCAUGGUGCAGGCUCACGUGGUGUCACUGCUUGGAAAGGACAAGCACGGUGAGCCUGGGAAGCCUGAUUCACACAUCUUGGAUACAGAUGAGCCAGAGGCUGAGUUGGAUGCUCCUGAGGGUGAAGACAUGUGGAACAUGGAUUGGUCGGCAGUGACGGCUGCAAAGCCAGAGGAAGGAGUAGCAAUCCACUAGCCUUGAGAUGAGGGCAGCACCAACGAGCCUGUUUCUUCAAACAGAGAUUGGGGACUGCACAUGGGAGCCAUGUGACAACACUGGUCUCUAGUUUCAGCAUGUGCAUUGCAUUGUAACGCCGUCUUUGAUCUUUGUAGCUGGCCUUCCCGAGCAACUGUCCCUUUCUUCUUCAGUCUUUGUUUUGACUCCUUGGUCCUUCAGGAUCCUGGAUGGGAGGUAGCUCUUAAUUUGGCGCAAGUCCGCCCGUAGCUUUGACAGCCCAUCGCGGCAUUCUUUCGUUCACAGGAUGAACUCCCGGAAGUUCGGGGAUGAUCUUAGCCUCACAACAUCACAGCAAGCUUCCAGUGGGACGAAGAAGUUUCGAUG